AUGAUCCAUUCACUUGAAUGGCCGUCUCUCACGGUAGAAUGGCUUCCGGAAUGCGAAGAAUUCAAAGAUGAAGGGUAUUCUCUCCAUCAUCUGUAUCUCGCUACCCACACUUCAGAUAAUUUUCCAAACUCCAUUUUGAAGGUUUCUAUUCAACUGCAAAACGAUAUUACUCUCAAAGAAGGGGAUGAGAUUGCAGAGUUCCCUUCUGACGGAAUCUCUGGAAAAUUAAAAAUCGAACAGCGCAUCUAUCAUGAUGGUGAUGUGAACAAAAUGCGUUUUAUGCCCCAGAACCCAGCCAUCGUCGCCACCAAAACAUCAUCCGGCAUCGUCAACAUCUUCGACACCCAGACCUUCCCCGCGCUUCCUCCCUCCGAAUCCAUCCACAAAACCCUCGAACUCACCGGCCACGAGGCCGAAGGCUACGGUCUCGACUGGUCUCGCCUUCAAAACGGCUAUUUGGCCAGUGGAUCCGAUGACUGCAAGAUUUGCUGCUGGGAUAUCCGCGGUUCUACCGCUCCGCUUCGCUCCUACGCGCGCUCCUGCGUCGUCGAGGAUGUCAAUUGGCAUCCGGUGCAGAGUCACGUGCUCGCCGCGGUCGGAGACGACGGGUUUCUCGGUUUCUACGAUCUGAGACAAGCGGAUCCCGCUUCCCUAACGCCGGUCCAUGCGAAGGAUUGCAAUGUGGUGCGGUUUAACCCGCAUUUCCCGCGGUUAUUCGUGACAGCGAGUUCGGACACGUCGGUGAAACUGUGGGAUGAGCGGAACUUGAGGUUCCCGUAUCAUGUGCUGGAGGGACAUACGGGAGCGGUGUUCGCAGGCGAGUGGUCGCCGAUGCGAGGAAACGUGCUGGCGACGGCGGGGCUGGAUCGGCGUGUGAUCGUGUGGGAUCUGGAGCGGAAGAUCGGAGAGGAGCAGACGGCGGAGGAGGCGGAGGACGGACCGGCGGAGCUCUUGUUCAUCCAUGGAGGACACACGUCGAAGGUGAACGAUUUGGCGUGGAAUCCGAACAGGGACUGGGCGCUGGCGUCGGUGGCGGACGAUAACAUCUUGCAGGUGUGGGAGAUGGCGGAUUCGGUGCACAAUGGAAAGAAGUAUGAUGUGGGGAAUCUGGACGAGGCACUGCUGGAUUAA